CUCAGGUCAGAGGAAGCGGAGGCCCCAGUGGGGUCCGAACCUUCUGGGUCCCACUCUUCACCACACAUAGAAUCGUCUUUCAAAACCCAUGGAGCUCUUUUUCUCAGUCGCGUCUUUGUCCCCUCCAACCACGGCCUGUGGAGCCCGCGGCACCAUGAUCGCGACCAAGGAGAAGAAUAAAACCCCAAAGGACAGCAUGACGCUUCUGCCCUGCUUCUACUUCGUGGAGCUCCCCAUCGUGGCGUCCUCCGUCGUGUCCCUGUACUUCCUGGAGCUGACCGACCUCUUCAAGCCGGCCAAGGUGGGAUUCCAGUGCUACGACCGGACGCUCUCCAUGCCCUACGUGGAGACCAACGAGGAGCUCAUCCCCCUGCUCAUGCUCCUCAGCUUGGCCUUCGCUGCCCCUGCGGCCUCGAUCAUGGUCGGCGAGGGCAUGCUGUACUGCGUGCAGUCCCGGCUGUGGGGCCGCGGCGGGGGCCCGGGCGGCGCCGAGGGCAGCAUCAACGCUGGCGGCUGCAACUUCAACUCCUUCCUGCGGCGCACCGUGCGCUUCGUGGGCGUCCACGUGUUCGGCCUGUGUGCCACGGCCCUGGUGACCGACGUCAUCCAGCUGGCCACGGGCUACCACGCGCCCUUCUUCCUGACGGUCUGCAAGCCCAACUACACGCUGCUGGGCACGUCGUGUGAGGCCAACCCUUACGUCACACAGGACAUCUGCUCCGGCCGCGACGCGCACGCCAUCCUGUCUGCGCGGAAGACCUUCCCGUCGCAGCACGCCACGCUGUCCGCCUUCGCUGCGGUCUACGUGUCGAUGUACUUCAACUCCGUCAUCUCGGACACCACCAAGCUGCUCAAGCCCAUCCUGGUGUUCGGCUUCGCCAUCGCAGCGGGCGUCUGCGGCCUCACCCAGAUCACACAGUACCGCAGCCACCCCGUGGACGUGUACGCGGGCUUCCUCAUCGGCGCUGGCAUCGCGGCCUACCUGGCCUGCCACGCGGUCGGCAACUUCCAGGCCCCGACGGCAGAGAAGCCGAUGGCGCUGGCCCCCGCCAAGGAUGCGCUGCGGGCCCUGACCCAGCGGGGCCACGACUCGGUGUACCAGCAGAACAAGUCCGUGAGCACCGACGAGCUGGGGCCGCCAGGGCGGCUGGACGGCGUGCCCCGGCCCGUAGCCCGAGAGAAGGCCUCGCUGGGCAGCCUGAAGCGGGCCAGCGUGGACGUGGACCUGCUGGCCCCACGCAGCCCCAUGGGCAAGGAGAACAUGGUCACCUUCAGCCACACGCUGCCCCGCGUCAGCACGCCCUCGCUCGACGACCCUGCUCGCCGCCACAUGACCAUCCACGUGCCACUCGACGCUUCUCGCUCCAAGCAGCUCAUCAGCGAGUGGAAGCAGAAGUCGCUGGAGGGCCGUGGCCUAGGGCUGCCCGAUGAGGCCAGCCCCGGGCACCUGCGGGCGCCCGCGGAGCCCAUGGCGGAGGAGGAAGAGGAGGAGGAGGAAGAGGAGGAGGAAGAAGAGGAGGAAGAGGAGGAGGAGGAGGGUGAGGAAGGGGGGCCGGCCCCGCCCUCACUCUACCCCACGGUGCAGGCCCGGCCGGGGCUCGGGCCUCGGGUCCUCCUGCCGCCGCGGGCCGGGCCGCAGCCGCUGGUGCACAUCCCCGAGGAGGGGGCACAGGCGGCCGGCGGCCUGUCUCCCAAGAGCAGCGCCGCCGUGCGGGCCAAGUGGCUCAUGAUGGCGGAGAAGAGCGGGGCCGCUGUGGCCGUGGCCUCGGCCCAGCCCCGCGUGGCCAACCCGCCGCGGCUGCUGCAGGUGAUCGCCAUGUCCAAGGCGCCGGGCGGGCCGGGCCCCAAGGGGGCGGAGACCGCCUCGUCCUCCAGCGCCAGCUCCGACUCCUCGCAGUACAGAUCGCCCUCGGACCGCGACUCGGCCAGCAUCGUCACCAUCGACGCGCACGCGCCCCACCACCCCGUGGUCCACCUGUCCUCGGGUAACGGGCCCUGGGAGUGGAAGACGGCGGGGGGCACGGCCAAGGGGGCAGAGGGCGAGGGUGGCUACGAGCUGGGGGACCUGGCCCGUGGCUUCCGCGGUGGGCCCAAGCCGCCAGGCGUGUCCCCCGGCUCGUCCAUCAGCGACGUGGACCAAGAGGAGCCGCGAUUCGGGGCCAUGGCCACGGUCAACCUGGCGACGGGCGAGGGGCUGCCCCCACCGGGCAUGGCUGACGGGGCCCUGGGCCCGGGCAGCCGGGAGUCCACGCUGAGGCGCAAAGCUGGCGGCCUGGUGCUGGGGGAGCGGGAGGCCACGGGGGAGGCGGAGGCCGAGGGCUACUAUCGCAAGAUGCAGGCGGCCCGCAGGUUCAAGGACUGAGGGGGAGGGGUGGGGUGCCGCAUGGGGCGCAGGUGGGGACCACUGGGCGGGCGGGGGCGGGGGGUAAAGCACUUCGUGACCAGACAAUAAAAUGUCAACA